CAGGUUUUCAUCCUGGAUUUUGGCCCUCCUUCUUCCUCGUAACCCGUCAUUCUCCCCGCCCGAAUACUACCGACUGCUGGACUCUGCAGGAUGGCCGACCACGAUACGCUGAUCAGCAACUUCUGCGAGCUGACGGGCGCUUCAACGCAGCAGGCUGCAGAGUAUCUCAGCGCUAGCCAGUGGGAUAUCGGCUCUGCCGUGGCGUCGUACUACGCAGACAUGGAGGAGGGCCAGGAGGCACCCGCAGCGACUGCUUCUGGCGCCGUUCCGGGCCCGGAGUAUACCGGCCCGCGAAGACUGGACGGUCGUCCCGCGCCCGAAUAUGCCGCUACCUCCUCGUCGGCUGCGAAGAAGCCACAAAAGCGGACUGGUCUGGCCACCUUGAGUUCUCUGGGCAGCGGCCACGAUCAUGACGAGUCGGACGAUGACGACUACGAUGACGACGACGACGAGCGACGCGGUCCCCGGGAUCUGUUUGCCGGCGGAGAGAAGUCCGGCUUGGCAGUACAGGACCCUGCCCAGCGGUCGUCUGAUCCGAGGCGGCUCAUUCAAGACAUCUUGGCCAAGGCUCGCUCAAAUGCUCGACAGUCAAACCAAGAACCUGCGGGCCCUUCGAGAAGCCAUUUCCGUGGUGCGGGCCAAACGCUUGGCGGAGAUGGCGUUGAGAGCCGCAGGAUUCCCGACCCUCGCGGCGAACCCAUUCCUACCGCCACCACCGAAGGCCCCGUACAAGAGCGCGUUUUGCACAUUUGGAAUGACGGCUUCAGUAUUGACGAUGGCGAGCUGCGACGCUUCGACGACCCACAGAACCGCGCCGACCUGCAGAUGAUCAGGGAAGGGAGGGCGCCCAUCCACCUCAUGAACGUGCGGCUGGACCAGCGCGUCGACGUCAAGCUCCAGCAACAUAACGAGAACUACCGCCCCCAGCCCAAGAUUUACCGCCCCUUCAGCGGUGAAGGCAGGCGCUUGGGCAGCCCCGUCCCGGGCGAGCCCACGCCGGCCCCGCCUGUGGCGGCGGCCACCACGACCACAAGCGCCAGCUCGAGUCAGGCCCCAUCCACGGGGGUCGACGAGUCGCAGCCGACGCUCAGGCUCCGCAUCCGGCUCCCCGACGGGACGCUCCUCAACGCGCGUUUCAACACCAGCCAGACGGUUGGUGACGUGUACGAAUUCAUUGAGCGGGCCUCGCCGUCGACCAGCAGCCGCCCGUGGGUGUUGUCCACAACGUUCCCCAACAAGGAGCACGAAGAUAAGGGGCUGGUCCUGGGCGAGAUGGACGAAUUCAAGAGGGGCGGCACGGUGGUCGUCAAGUGGAAGUAGAGAGAGAGAGUAAACGGGGAGGAGGGGACGGUUAUGCUGUUCUGGCGUGGGUUGGGAAUUUGGGCCACAGGCGUUUGGCGGUUCGGCAAUUGCUGGCCAUAGAAGGGAGGAGUUCUGCAACCCGUCCUGCUGCUUGACUACGUAGCUCGCGAGGAUGGGUUAACACUGACGGAAAUGGUUCAUGCCAACAGAAUUCUGGUCCCAGAAGCAGGGCGACGAGGUACUCACU